AGAACGCGGUCAAAGACGCCAUUUUACAUUUGGAGAAGUAUUCCGUGAUAAUUUACAAGGAGAAAUAAAACGUAAUUACGUCAAAGUAUUGCAAUAUUCUUUUUCAGUUUCCUGUAAAAGUCAAUCAAUUAAUGGUGCUUUAAUAAUCGAUCGUAUUAAUUUGUGAAGUUUUUUUUCUAUUAGCGGUGAUAACGUAUCGAAUAAAAAUUGUGAAUAGUCGGAGAAGACGCCUGGUGCCAUUGUGCCCUGAGGUUUCGUGACAUAUGAUCAAACAAGAUGUACGGCAACAAUAUUGAUCCCUGGGAACCAGGUUACGGUCCAGAGAGAAGGACACAUAAUUCAGAGUAUAAUGAUUAUCGCAAUGAAUAUGGAAAUAAUCGAUCACCCGAAUAUAUAGAGCAUCGUGACAUUGAUCACAGAGAUCGCGAUCAUCGUAGUCCAGACUAUAGGAGUCAUCGGAGUCGUGACAGAGACCGUGAACGUGAACGCUCCCGUGACCGACGUGACAGAAGCCGAGAGGAUCGUGAUCGUAGUUAUCGAGACAGAGACGACAGAUACACAUCGCGACAAAGGGAUCGCGGCGAUUCAGUUGAGAGGGAACGAGAUCGUGAUCGUGACCGUGAUCGAGAUCGUGAACGUUCACGCAGAGACAGGGAUCGCGAUAGGGAGAGGGAUCGUCGGGGUAAAAGGGAUGAUCGAGAUCGUGAUCGUGACGAUGAGCAUGGUCGUGAACAAACUGACUAUGAGCAUGAUCAUCGUGCCUAUGGGUCAUCGUUGGAGGGCGUUCACUACAAAUCGCAAUCUCCCAACAACACCAUUAUGAUUCGUGGUCUCGCUCAACAUAUUACUGAAAAUGACGUGCGGCAAGACAUCCUCAACUGUGGUCUCAUGCCCAAGGACAUCAGGCUCAUCAGGAAAAAGGAUACAGGUGCUUCGCGAGGUUUCGCUUUCGUCGAGUUUAACGCGACUCAGGAGGCCGCACGGUGGAUGGAGAUGAAACAGGGAGUGCUGAUGCUUCAAGAUCAAUAUCGUGCACUCAUGCAGUACAGUAUUCCAAAAGACGGCCAUGUGGAUAAACCACCCACCAAGAAUACGCAAGAUUGGCAUUGCGUUAAAUGUGGAGCUCAUAAUUUCAAACGUCGGGAGACGUGCUUCAAGUGCUCGGCAUCGAGAGCCGAGAGCGAGGAAGGUGGCGAAGGCAGCGAUGAGAUCAGCUCUCAUCCAACGAAUACUGUUCUCCUUCGGGGUUUGGAUGUCCUGACAACCGAGGACUCAGUCCUUCAGGCAAUGACGAAUCUUUCAUCGAUGCCAAUUCGCAGCAUUCGAAUUGGAAGAGACACACUAACAAAUACAUCGAGGGGAGUUUGUUACUUGGAAAUGGCGAACGUCGUCGACGCAAUGUACCUUCAUACGGCCCUAACGAAACAGGGAUUGGUUGUCGACGGGAGAAAUGUUGAGAUUACUUAUUGCAAACUUCAUCAGGUGAAUAGUACGAGUCUCUGGAAGCCGAGUGACGCACAAAAUCACAGUUACACAUUGGACGAUGUGGCUAAACUCGCCGAGUACAGUGCAAAUUUAUAUGCAAAAACACCGGCGCAGAAGGCACAUUUUCUUCAAUAUUACACUCAAUAUUAUCAGAAUCAAAUAACUCAGGGCAGUGCGAUUACAUUGCCGUCGAUGAGUCAGACUGAUCGUGUGAAUGCUGCGGCAGCUGUUGCACAGUCGGCUAUUCAGCAACUUCAGGCCUCGAGAAAAUUGGGCGAUUCGGAUGAGACGAAGGGGAGAUCGUCGACGGCAGCUUCUAGUAGUUCUACUUCUGGGAGAGUGCCUUCUACGGAUGGCAAGACUUACUCUGUUCCUGACAUCAGUACGUAUCACUAUGACGAGUCUUCGGGAUAUUAUUACGAUCCAAGUACCGGCUUGUACUACGAUCCUAAUUCACAAUAUUACUACAACAGUCAUACACAACAAUUUCUCUACUGGGAUGCUGAUUCGAUGCAGUAUCUACCAGCUAAGACAUCACCGACUCAAAUUGGACCAGCUGUAACUCCAUCGACAGUUGUGAUUGGAGCAGAGCCAACGACAAAUCCAAAUGCAUCGCAAGAUUUACUGAAAGAUGAUGAGAGUAAAAAGAAGGAAACAAAACAAGAUAAAGUGAAGGUCGCAAAGAAGAUAGCAAAGGAUAUGGAGCGCUGGGCAAAGACAUUGAAUCAAAAGAAAGAAAAUGCGAAAAGUAAUUGGAGUUCGGAGUACGUGGGACCGGAUGGACAACAAGGUUCCGGCAGUGGUGCUGCAGAUGCUGGUUAUGCAAUUCUAGAGAAGAAGAAUUUAUCCACCGUUUAUCUCGAUGAGGAGGAGCAAGCGAAGAAUAAUGGACUUGUCGCCGCUUACGGUGGCGGUAGUGACACCGAGGAGGAAAUCGAAGACGUUCAACAGGAAGAUAAACAGCACACCGAUUGGAUUAAAAUUGCCUGCCUACUUUGCAAACGUCAAUUUCCCAGUAAAGAAGGUUUGGUGCGACAUCAACAAUUGUCAGAGCUUCACAAACAAAAUCUCGAGCAAUGGUACAAAGUUCGUGGCCUAGAUCCAAAUGAUCCUCAGCAGAGAAAUAAUAAAUAUCGCGACAGGGCAAAGGAGAGAAGGGCAAAAUACGGCGAACCAGAACCACCGCAACCGAAUAAAUUGAAGGAGAAAUUUUUGAAAACGAGAGUAGAGGAAAUUAGUGUUUCCUACGAGGAGCCAACGCGAGCUGGAAUUGGAUCGGAUAAUGUUGGUAAUAAAUUGUUGCAAAAAAUGGGUUGGAGCGAAGGAAUGGGUUUGGGAAAAUCAAAUCAGGGAAGAACAAGUAUUAUUGAAACGGAGCGUCGAGUACCUACUGCUGGAUUAGGAGCGAAAAGUUCUUCCUACAAUGCCUUGCCUGGUGACACAUACAAGGAUUGCGUCAAAAAAAUGAUGUACGCUCGCUAUCAAGAAUUAUCCGAUACGUAAGAUUUUCUUUUCUUUUUUUGGAAUUUGCAAUUUUAUAUUCCUUCAACAAGCAUCUGAUCAACAAUUUUCUAUCCUUGUAUAUCUAUAGAUUGAAAAUGGAUUUUAUCCAGCAAAAAAAUUGAUUUUAUUUUACACAUUUUUUUCGAUUUAUCAAAUAUGUUUCAUAGGGAAAAUGUUUUAAAGAUGCCUGGAUAUACAUCAUUGCUUCUAAAAUCAAAUUAUGUUGCGAAAUCAUUCUAAACGAGCAUGUACAGUAUUUCAAAAAUCGUCAGGUAAAUGUAAUUAUAAAGUAUAUUUACUUUGAUAUUUUUUUGUUUUUAGAGUAAGUUUCAAAACUCCAAAUAAUGUCAUAAACACAGUGUACAUAGAAUUAUUUUCUUUUUUUUGGCGUAUAAUUUUUUUUAUGUAAAUUUAAGAAAUCAAUUGUUGGAUAUGUAAUUUUUUUGUUCUCACUUAAUAUGAAUUUAAGAAUACUUUGUAUUAUUUGAAGAAAUAUGCGCAGGUUUUCACAUAUAGUCUUUUACAUACUAUUUUGAAGCUGUAUAAUUUUUUGAAUAUUUUUUUAUUACGAAAUUUGCGAACUAUUGUUAGUUUGCAAUGUAUGUUAAAGCGGCCAUUGCAAAAGUGUAAAUUCACUUUCUUCUUUUUUAAUCGGGGCUGAAUUUAUGUAAUUGAGUGAUGGGAAGCAUCAAAUAAAAUGUUAAAGCCAAUGAAAA